GCGGGACCACCAACAACGACAGAGGAAGCGCAGAUGUCCACAAGCAGUCUGUUUUCGAGCUUUAAAAUCAAAACAGUCACAACAACAACGAGCCUCGUGGGUCCCGCUGCACUUCGGGGUUCCCUCGGCUGCUCCCUCAGUUCACCCCCGGCGUCGGUAUUUCUCGUCCCGGGGAGUCGAAUGAGGUGGACCGGUGCCUGGAAGGGAGGGGUCCUUUGAUAGCGGGGUUACCGGCCGGAUGGAGCCCUGCUAUAUGGCCAUGGGUGAGCUGUCGAAGAAAGCAUCCAACCGAAAUGUGGCGGUUGAGAGGAAGAACCUCAUCACGGUUUGUAGGUUUUCAGUGAAAACCCUCUUAGAAAAAUACACGGCCGAGCCCAUCGACGACUCAUCGGAGGAGUUUGUCAAUUUUGCCGCCAUCUUGGAACACAUUCUCAGCCACCGUUUUAAAGGUUCUGGUAGCUGGUUCGACGGCCAGAGGAGCUUCUGGGACUUCAUCCGUCUGGCGUGCGCUAAACUCCCCAACAGCUGCAUUAGCAGCAUCGAGUGCAUGGAGAACAUUAGCCCCUCGCGUGCUAAAGGCCGAGCCUGGAUACGAGUGGCUCUUAUGGAGAAAAGGCUAUCCGAAUACAUAGCGACUGCUCUGCGUGACACGAGAACGACGAGACGUUUCUAUGCAGAUGGCGCUAUCAUGCUAAGAGAGGAAGCUUCAGUGCUAACUGGGAUGCUCAUCGGCCUCGGAGCCAUUGAUUUUAGUUUCUGUCUUAAAGGGGAAGCAUUGGAUGGAAAAAUCCCUGCAGUUGUUGACUACACGCCAUAUUUGAAAUUCACACAAAGCUACGAAUACGUUAGCGACGACGACGACGAACGUCGGAGCGUGGACAGCGGCACGAGCGACGACAGCAUCCCCGAACAUCCUUACGUUCCGCUGGUCUCGGACGACGAGAGCUGGAGCGCAAAAUGCCGCAAAAUGGAGCAGAGGUUCAAAAUUGUUCACGCUCAGAAGGGUUACCUGGAAGAACUGGUGCGCCUGCGAGAGUCUCAGCUGAAAAACGUCGAAGUUGAAAAUAAGAAGCUGAAAGCCCGUUUGGAUGAACUGCAAGGCCAAAGUCAGCAGGAGAAGAAAGAGCUGGAGACCGUUGUUAUAGAGCUUCAGGAGCAAUUCCUGCAUCGUAGCAGUGUCUGGUCACUCGUGCGAUGUGCUACGCCCCACCUUGACCCCACCCAUUCACCAGUGGAGUGUCCUCUCAACUCUCCAGGCACUCAAACAAGUUUAAUCCCGUGCGAGAGCAGCCAUUUAGCCAAGAAUCUCACCAUCCCGCUAGUCAACCAAUGGCCUCUUCUGGACCCGUAUGACAACCAGAACCACGUCAAACUCUUCCGCAGGAGGAGCUUCCCUAGCACGGAGCUGCUGUCCGUGGAUUCGGACACGCUACGAUCAGAAGCGAAGCAAAACGGCGGCGCCUGGUGCACAGAAAAGGACUACACUCCUUCCCUGAUGGGACUUUGCGGUUCUUUGGGUUCCUUUCCAAGCUGCAAGUCUCUCUCAAGCCUCAAGUCUAGUGAGUGCCUGGUCAACAUCAGCACAGAGAACAGCCCCGCCCUCUCUCCCAGCUAAGGCCUGCCAAGGCAUUCAACAUCUGGCACCAAAAGACAAUUUAGCCUGGAAGGAAACCGCUAACAAACACUACGUUCUUUCAACUUGCGCAAUUUUUACAUCUUUGUGAAAUAAUGGCAGGAGUUUUGGUUACGUUUCUGUGCCAGUGACGCAGGUAGAUGUUCAAUUUCACUUCACAUGAGCUAGCCCGUCAUGAGCCAUGGUCUUUAAAACGUUUACGGUGCGGUACAUUUCAGCGAAGGACACUGUAAUACUUUUGCUAGCAUCAAUGCAAGCUAACAUCAUUUGUAACCUUGUCGAAAUGAGUUUUGGGGUUUUUUUCCAGCAAAAAGAAAUGUGUCUGAUACUCAAGGAAUUAUGGCAGCAUCUUAUUACAGUGCGGUACAUGUUAGCGAUGGACAUAGUAAUACUUUAGCUAGCCAUCAACACUAGCGAACAUUUUUAACUUAAACCAGUUUUGGCUUCUUUUUCCCAGCUUGAAAAAAUGCAUCUAAUACUCAAAAGAAUUAUGAUAGCAUCCAUUUUUUUCACUCUGUCGCACUGGUAUUUGAUUGACAUUCCCUCGCUAGCUUACAGAUUGUUACAUUUUCACUCCAAACAAAAGCGACUAUUAACUCCCAGCCAUUUUCACCGGAGCAAGGCCCUUCGCUCCUGGCCGUUUUACUGGAUUUUGACUGAUUUUGCAAGGCCUACAGAAAAUUCUGUUCUAUUGUUAUAUAAACAUGGAACCCACCAAAAGAAAGAUUAGACUCUCUCUCCUUUCAGCAGGAAAAAAAGUAAGUUCAUAUCUUUUUCCAUUCUUUAGAAAUCAGCAUUAGAAAAUAGCUUGUUUUGGGCAAUUUUCCAAUUUCUGAUGAAAAAACAGAAAUUGAGCUUUUUGUGAAAGCAUACAUUUCAAACAUAACUUUAACACAGCUAUUUUUUGCUUUUUACAUUCCAAACAUCUGAAUAAUGUUUUCCUUUUACAAAAUAACAUAAAAGACAAGACAAAUAGAGCUUUUGAUAGCAAAGUAACAAUUUAUUUACACAUAAUUAACUGACAAGGCUGUUGUCGCCGUGACACCCGGGUGACCUUUUCCCUCAUCGCCACCUGUCUCAUAAAGAUGGAUUUUUUUAAGCCCCUGCGGGGUCUGCUCAGUGAGCAGUACGGACUCAACGGCAUCUUCCGCUCCACUGGUGGUCCCGGUUGUUCUGCUCGGUUGUCCAUUGCCUGGCAUCCCAGACGUCCUCUCGGUUGUUCUGCUCGGUCGUCCUCCGCCUGGCAUCCUUCCGCCGGCACUCCGACCUUGCGGCCCGGCCGUUCGUUGCCGUUGAAUCGGGUUGCGGGUCUUACCAAAUGCGCUACUGCCCUCCAGUGGCCAGUUUUAUUGCUUUAAAAUUGAUUUUCAGCUUUGUGCUUUGGAGCUCAGUUGAAUCAGAACCCAGAAAUGUCUCUUAUGAAAAAAAAAUGUAAAAGACGUAUAAGUACGUGUUUGGGACACUGAAACAAUUAAAAAUAGAACGUAGUUAUACGGUUUUGGGAGCAAAUGAGUUAAGAACAAACAUUUCCGUGAUCUUUUACAAACAAAAACAAACCGCCGUCCAAAUCGUGUGUAUGUUACACUCAUCAUUUUUGCUUCUUUCAGCUUUAGCAUCCUGUAGCAUUGACCAUUUUUGCGGUGAUGGCUACAACUGUACAUUGUAAUUUAAAUGCAGUAAAACUGCCUUUAUUUGAACAUUUACAUGUAAGUAAACUGUGAAUUUGCAUUGUUAUGGUAACUCCCCAAGUGUAAAUAUGUUAUUUGCCUUCGUCUUUGUCCAGCAACUUGCGAUAAAGCAUAUCUCACACACUUCCAUUAGCUUAGGUGUUCAUUUAGAGGAGGGCACGGCGUGUUAUCUGUGCCUCCUUUCACAGUCCCCACCAUUGGCACUCCCUUUUUCACAGAGUAAGGACAUUUAUCUGCCACAAUGCACACCGAGCACAUGCAGGCACAUGCAAUCCUAAACCAGUCCACCCAGAUGAUGUUCAUACAUGCUAUCAGGGGCCAUUUUAGGUUUUAAUUCAAUCAAUUGCAUUCGAACUAGUGUCAAACUUGUGUUACUCCAAUGUCAUAUUAUAUUUGGGGUUGCCAUCAAAGAAUAAUGAAAUUGGCAUGAAUUACACAGUAUUUGAAGUCUGAUUUCAGAAUUUCAAUGCCUAUUUUUCACUCAUAAGUCACGACAAAUGGUGACAGCAAAUAUUUCAUGGUCAGGUUGAAUAAAAUUCGGAAUACCUUGGAAAAA